AUGGAGUUGACUUACUUGCUGAUGGAUGUCUUUAGCAACAUUUCUGAGCGCCUUGAUUUGUCACCACAACGUCGUCUUCUUACAUCGCUCCCUCUCUUAAAGAGCAUUCACUCGGCAGCUUUCCCGGGUUUCAUGGGUCUUAUGUCCCGACCUCUGGAUCUCAUCAAGACUCUGAUCAACGAUGUAUGCGCAAGUCUAAUCGAUUUGACUCCACCAUAUUUGCGAGUCGUCCGCGUCGUCCCAACCUCCAGCACAAAGGACGUACAUAGUGCUGCCAUAGCGGAUGUCAGUAGUGUGGUCCGUCAUGUGGGCUUGCUUAGAAAUCUGUGCAUGACCCUCUCAGCCUACGUUUUCCAGUGUCUUUCUACUGGCACAUGGCGGACGUGUCGUCAGGGCAACGCAGGACUCGCUAUCGCUGUCACUCAAUCGACCUCUCAUUCGUCUGGACGUUUCUCUGAAUGGCACAAACCACUGUUUCCCAACUUGGAACCAUCUGACUGGCCAGGUCUCGUUGUGCCUGACGAAUGCACUAGAACUCCUAGUUCACAGUCCUUCCUGUUAGGUAUUUUGGCAGAGGCUAUGGUCGCCGUGUACAUGGGCCUUUGUGUCUGUGCUCUUUACACCCGCGACAGUUGCGCCCUCUACCGUCUGGCCUCCAGUGCAAGCCUCGGCGAAUCAGUAACCUGGUCGCGUGUGUUUGGUGGUGUCUGUCGACUCAAGCCUCUCCGCCCGCCUGUACCGCCCACCCUACCCUCCAGCACUUUAUCACCACCACCACCUGAACCCAAGAAGAGGGGGUCGUUUACAUCACCACUGCAAACUCCAAAACCACCGGCACCGAUGGCUCCUACAGAACUUCAAGUAGAUCAAAUUGUUCCGGUGUCCACAAAACCGCCUCUGUCACAGCCAUGUAGGUCACAUAUUUUGCAUCCCCCUUAUGAACAGUGUUGA